AACUAAUCACAUUUGAAUGUUGUGUAUAUCAUAUUAGAUAUGUAUAUAUAUAAAUAUAUAUACAUGUAUAUGAACAAUUUAAUUCAUUAAAUCAUAAUAGCUUAUUCAUUUGAAGCUAUGCUACUAAAAUGAAAUAAGAAAUUAUGAAUACCCUAAGUUAACACAAUAUAAAAUAAAUACUAUAAAAAUUGUACAAAUUUCUCUAAAUUAUAUAACAAUAAUAAUCAUAAUUGUAUUUGAAUUCAAUUAAAAUUAUUAUUAUUAUUAUUAUUAUUACAAUAUGGGUGAACGUAAAGCUGUAAUUAAAAAUGCUGAUAUGAGUAAUGAAAUGCAAGAGGAUGCAAUACAUAUAGCUGCUGGUGCAUUAGAUAAACAUGAUUUAGAAAAAGAUAUAGCUGCUAAUAUUAAAAAAGAAUUUGAUCGUAAAUAUAAUCCUACAUGGCAUUGUAUUGUUGGACGAAAUUUUGGAAGUUAUGUAACACAUGAAACACAUAAUUUUAUAUAUUUCUAUUUGGAUGAUCGAGCAUUCCUUCUAUUUAAAUCUGGAUAAAAGAAUAAUUUAUAAAAGAACUUAUGAAGAUAAUUAUAUUGAACAAUACAAAUCUAUGGACCUAUUCAAUGUACUUGACUUUUCGUAUAUUUUGUCUUCAUUGAUUGUAUUAUUUUAUGUUGGUAAUUGAAAAGAAAAGGAAUAUAUCAUUAUUGUUUUAAUAUAUUGAGUGUUUUUAUUUCUUGGCUAUUUAUUUCACAUAUUAAAACUUAUUUUGAUGGCAAUUAUUAUAUUUCAAUGAUUAGUGUAUGUACAAUUUUUAACAUUUGAGAAAUGAUAUGUUGUUUCAGAUGGAACUGAUAAGAAACAUACACACCGGACGAUAGAGAAUAUUUGGGAGAAUAACACUGUAUCUUGACACUUGUUUUAGUUAUUUGAAUCUAGACCACUAUGAAAAACCUAGAAUGAAUAUGUGCGAAGUAAUUGAAUGGUACAAAAAUAUCCUCGAUAGAACAUUCGAUUUAGAUAUAUAGAUAUGAUGACAUUAUAAUGACUCACAAUGUUGAAAGAAAGUUGGAAUGAUGGCUAAUAACUAUUGAAACUAUGAAGGAUUUACUAGACAGUUAUGGAUAUUCAAUGAAAGAAAAAGAAGACUAAGAAUUCUUUAAUCAAAAUACGUUUAAUGCAAAACAUCACUGAAAUAAAC